GCACGAAGCUGUUCUCCAAGCUGUUGCACUAUUUACGGGCUUCUUUAGCUACCCGCAAACUCUUAUCCCAACGGUAACAUAACUUCAUCGGCUUCUCGCCGCAAUACCUCCCAAGCCUGCCGCCGAGCAAGCUUCCAUCGAAUCACAAGCUGUGAUUUUUCAGAGUUUUGUCUUAUUCCAAGACAGUCUAGCCAAUAUAGAGGGCCAGAUGGCGAGGUGGAUCGUCGACUCUAUAGCGGAUCCAACUCAUUCGGCAGUGCCAUAUCCCUCGCCUUGAACGCGCUCCCUUCCUCUCCUUUCUGGACCAUGCCAACCAGGCAGAGGAGCUUCAGCUAUCUCAAGGGUGAUGAAUGGAUGCAGGGCAAGCUCCCGCCCGAGGAGGACACUGAGAAGAAGGAGGAGGCACUAAGGCGAGAGUGGUUCGCCAUCACCGUGUUUCCGCUCAUCGCAGGGACCUUCGGGCCUAUUGCCAGUGCGCUCAACAUCUGCGCUUUAGUAAGGCCCUGGAGACACUACAGCAACGGCAGCGGCAAUGUCCCUGACCCGGCGUGGCUAAUUGCUCUCAAUGCAGUUUCCCUGUCUUUCGGUGUUGUGGCCAACCUUGCCAUCUUCCUCCUCGUCGAAAGGGAAGACCCUACUCUAAGGCGAAAUAAUGUCCAAUUCGUGCUUGGCAACACCAUCGCUGGAGGCGUGGCUUCGUUCAUCCUCAUUGGCCUUGUCGUGGCUGCCUGUGAAACACUCAACACCUCCUCCACGCCGCAGUAUGGCUUCAACGAAGCAUUCUACUACGCCAUCUUCGCGGCGAUAUUGUACUUCAUCACGUCAACCGUGACGAUAUACACCGCAUUGACCAUCGCGCGUGUACGGACUUCUCGUCGCGACUCCCGGGUCGAGCUCGCAAAAGGCCACCACCGACUGAUGUUUCUGACAACCGCCUUCAUGUCGUACAUCCUGAUCGGCGCCGUUGUCUUUUCUUCCGUCGAAGGUUGGAGCUACCUCGACGCGGUCUAUUGGGCCGACGUGACUCUUCUGACAAUAGGCUUCGGCGAUUUCUAUCUUCACACGCACCUCGGGCGCUCAUUGUUGUUUCCGUACGCUGCCGUGGGCAUCACCUUUGUGUUUUUGAUCAUCUUUUGCAUCCCCGCGGUGGUCUUGGAUCGCAGCAAAGAGAUCUGGGCGAUACAUCUGCGAGACCGAGAACGAAUCAAGGAGGUCCACGCGCGAGAUGCCCGAGCCGGCAACCCGAGUGCUAAUGGCAAACACACCAGCCAGUCCGAGGGUGAUGGCUCGGUACCUAUCGACCCGGUCGAGGGAUCGUCAGACAAUGACCGAAAAGCCAUCGAGCGUCAAGAAUUCGAGCUGAUGAAAGGGGUAUUGCUUCGGUCGGCCAAGAAGCGCUUGGGAUACACUGUGGGUCUGUGGAUGACUGUCUGGUUUACCUUAUGGCUCAUAGGCGCCGUCAUUUUUUGGGUCUCGGAGCGCCAACAACAUUGGUCUUACUUUGAGGCACUUUAUUUUGCCUUCACCGCUCUGCUGGUUAUUGGCUAUGGUGACCUGACUCUGGAGAGCCACUCCGCGAAGGCCUUUUUCGUCCUAUGGUCGCUCAUUGCAAUCCCGACUUGGACAAUGUUGGUUUCCAGCAUCGCGAAGGCGGUUGGCAAUCCGUACUUUGUCGCGCAGAAGCACUGGCUGAGACGAAAGCUUUUCCCGUCUCGCGGACAGCCCAAGGAUGCAGGGAGGAAAGAUCACUUCGACAAGCUGCCUCGAGAAUUUCCCGCAAACGUUCAUGAUAGAAAUCAUCUACUGGCCAAGGUGCUGAAGCAGAUUAUCGUGGAUCACUUGAGAGACCAGCACGAUGGACAGAAGCCGGAAUACACAUUCGAAGACUGGGAGUACAUCAUUGAUUUGAUGGGCCCUCUUGAGCCUCUGGAGGGUGAAGAUCAAUCGAAUGGUGAUGGUUCGACCACGCCGACCCGAACAAAAAGCAGAACGACUGAAGACUUUCGUGACGGGGAUGGACUCAUCGAUUGGCUGCACCCGAAAAAUCCCAUGAACGUGACCGAGUAUCUGACAGAGUGGAUGUUGAUUACACUGGUCGAGAAGCUGGAGCAGGAGCUGCUGGAGAUCAGAGUCAAUUCUGGCAAUGUGCCCAUCGAUACAGGCUCCUCGGGCCAGACUGCAGAAAAGGUUCCGAAUGGGCAUCCAAUGACGUGAAUUGACGUGCUCUAAGUAUCGUCAAGAGGAUUUCUGGGAUCUGUUUUCAGAAGCUGGAAAGUCUCAAUUCCCCAUCCCCGUGAGGGGACUCGGUCCGUGGCCGUAGAUACAGUCCAAGGCGGUGAUUGCAAACGGAUGACUGAUGGCGUGAAACAUGAGCAACACACAAGUGAAUGAACACGUACUUCGAGCACACGAUUCUGCGACAGAUGACGCGAAGACCACGAAAGCUUUUCGCCACGAGAAUCUUACCAGGACAGGGAUCUGAUCGCCGGUUUCUGGAAUUGGCAACCUUGUGAUUUACAUUAACCACGAGAUCCACGAGGUGCGCACUCGACGAGACGCUUUACCUCGGCGAAAGCCUAGGACCAGGCAUGCGACAAGAUGAUAGAAGCAAAUGACGUACAGAGAAUGAAAAUUGUUUGGAGUCUGUUGCAGAGACUUCCGGCAGGAUUGGCAAUUUCUCAUGCUUCAAGAAGCUUGCGAGAAGCGAGGCCGGUGGGCACCGUCAUGUCUGGCGGGGGACCUCAGUGCUCAACAUUGAGGAGUUCCCGGUCCACUCUUUGUGAGACUCGAUGCGACGCCAUCUGGAGCAGGUCUCAUUGUGCAACUUUCCGGUAUUUUAUUUGGUGCGAGUCAGGAAACAAGAUUCGAAGCUGCCAGAACGAAGCUUCCAAAGAGCUGUCUUCCUCAAUGUGUGAGAGACGAUGGCGUUCUAACCUGCAGGGCCGAGAUGUGCUGUGGUACUUGUGCGGUAUUGGUCCUCGUUGGAAUCAGGAGCCCACUGAGGUGAAUAUUCGCGACGAAGUGCCAGCAGUCAUAUUAGAGUCGCCCAUUGUGUUCGGCAAGUUGCUCGCCAGGGACGAAUUUCAACUGAUGGACACCCUGCGAGGCUUGUUCGUCACCUGGUCCCCGGUCGGAGGCUGGAAAUAGAUGGCUGGGUUUCAAUUGUGAAGACUCAUAGCCAUGUGGAUUUCCGAUUAACUUCGAGGAAAGGGCAACAGCUUAAUAACGAGGGACAAGGUCGCUUCAUAUAUCGGGGAAUAUGCGCGGCAGAGUGGACUUCUAGAACUCGAAAAGGAGGUUUGGAGGUACAUGACAUUGUAUGACGACGAUGAAGCAGUCAUUAAACACAAACACAUUGUAUGGGCUGUAGGCUAACUGUGCCGAGUCGAGGGGUGGAAUGAG